AUGGUGAAGAAAUCACCUACACCAUGGCUCGCAGAUUUCGUCUCGGCGGAGAUUAGACAGGUCAUAGACUGGAAGAGGACGCUCAGCGACAACAUCAAGCCUGACCCCGACUCGCGAUUCGACGACGAUGGAAGCAAUUUUCGGAGUGUGGCGACUGAUCUGCCCACUCACUGCUCGCUUCAACUCAUCGAGGUAAUAUUGGCCAAACAGCAACCUACAGUGGUUGUCUCGGAUGGACAUACGCGAAUCAAAGCGCGUCUAUCGCAAGACGCUGUUGCUGUGUUGGAGGAUGAAGCUGGGGCAAAGUUUACCAAGGACAUGUUGAACGAUGUUUUUCAGCCAGCAUUGCUCACUGUCAUAAGUACCCCUCUGGGUACUCCGGACGGAUUUAUCCAGCUUUACAUUGAUGGAAUCGAAUAUGAGCAUCACCUCCGACGCAGCGAAGGCCAGCCGUCACCAAUCGAAGAGAACGAAAACAUUCAGAUUCUUCUUGACGACAUCAGAAAGAUACGAUGCGCAGGCUUGCCAUCCAGUGACCCACACGACUUCGAGCCAGCAGGAUUGGACAAACCAGCAUUCGACUCACCGAGGUCAACCAUCAGUCAACAACUCCAUAAGCCUACCAGACUGCCAACUAAGGCGGCAAGUGCCAGAGAUUCGGCACCCAAGAGUUCGCCCGCUUCACGCAUCAACGAUAACCAGAUUUCAAACUGGGCAAUUCAGACCCAACGGGUCAUGAGUAGAAAGAAGGCCGGACCAAACCUAGACAGAGAUGGCUUCGAAGUCGAAUCUGGCCUCAAUCUUGAUCGCCCAUUGCAGGUAGCUUCCAACAAUGCGCCAGACACUAACGCAGGCAGAAGUGCACUGGCCCCCAAUGCGCAAAGUGACCACGUUCUCGGCUUGCUCGGUGGGAGGACUGGAGGGAAACGCUCGAGAGAAGAAUCUCCGCCGUUGCAUCGCAGCCCUGUCGUCGUCGCUGAGAGUCCGUCGAACGUUAUCCAGGGGGAUGACGGCGCUAGCCGUACAAUUACGGCCUUAGGGAAAGACACACCAAACUUGUCAAGUACGGCGCCUCCUUCGGCGCAACCGCCGCCUAAGCAAACGCAAGCCUCGUUGAGAUCAAGCGGGAAUGCAAGUGUUCCAUACGGUCGAAGGAAGAUACCGGUCAAUCAGUGGAACCUCCUGGAUCGAAAGGAUUCCUGGUUACCGUCGAUGCCUGGACAGUCGUUUCCGUCCCCAAACGUUCCCAUCGAGUUGCUCACCAAGUGGAAUGCUCUUAUGAAGAAUGCCCCUGAAAGUCUGCGAAUGUCCCAAGCCACAGAUACUGCAGAAGCUGUGCCUGAUGAUGAGGUUGACUCGAGUGGAGAAGAAUCUGAAGAUGACUCAGAUUCGGUCAAAGAAUUUGGGCCUUCUCAAUGGGGUUCAUCGCCGCCAGCAAGAGCAGUGGAGCUUCCACCUGAUAGCUCCUUCGAGAGCGUGGUUCGUGGAUCGCAGCAGGAUGAACUGCGAGUUGCACCUCCACGUGCUAUGCCAACAGCGAGAACGGUGGCGUCUGCGGCUACGCUGAGAAAUCCACCGCCACCAAAGCCAGCUGGCUCUGCAUCUCGAGAAGAAUACGGCUCCUGGGAGAGAUCUGCUAGGCCGCACGACCCUACUCCCCCUCCACGAGGACCACGAUCAUCUCAAGAAAACCUCCACUCUUGGGAGAGAUCUGCUAGGCGAGACGGCCCUAUUCACCCUCCACGAGGACCACGGUCGUCUCGAGAAGACCACGGCUCCUGGGAGAGAUCUGCUAUGCGAGACGACGCUGGACACCCUUCACGAGGGCCACGGUCGUACCUGGCGGAGUUCUCAUCGCCGGCCAGAUCGCAGCCUACCAGACCUAGUCAAACAAGAUCCCAAGAUCAGUCAUCCCGAUUUGAGAGACGUUCACCUCGACGCUUGCACGGCGAUGACGCGGCAACGAUCUACGACGGUUCGGGAUCGCGACCGCCGUGGAGCCUUCGAGAGAAACGGCCGUCUUCUGCACACUCGCCGCAACGACGACCUUCGUCACAGGUGAUGCCUGACAGAACGAUUGACCAAUCUCCGCGGCGAUCUAUUGCAGGCCGGUCUCCAUCUGGAGUAUGGACGACGACACAGACCGGCGAGGAAUCGCCGAGGCGCCCAGCGGUGAAUGGCAAUGCUAUGUCACCACCGACUGGCCCACGAGCGAUGCAAACGCCAUCCCGAACCUCUAUACCUCAAUCGCAGCUUUCUGUGGACAGGUCGGCAAGAGCCUCGCCGUUUCCCAAUGUGCCCAUGGUAGGGCGGCGCAAGUCGGGGGCACCGCCUCACUCUUCUCCACGGGAACCAAGAGCAGACAAUCCAAACGGCCAUGUCUCCCGCAAUGACAACCUGAAUAAGCCUGAGGAAUCUCGACCACCAACAUCCUCUCAUCGUAGCGUAACACCAGGCACCCAAAUGGCAGAACCCCCCUCUCGUCCUGCCAAGGAUGCGUAUGACGACCGCCCCGUUGGAACCCAUGAGCCUCCGAGAGAGCAACACCCUGACGAACGCUAUCGCGAAGUCCGCCGAGAACGCACAUGGCACUACAAACGACGAGACUGGUAA